UAUUUCUUUUCUAUUUUAGAUCAUUAUGUUUUUCUGCUUAUAUAAUGAUGCAUAUCACUAUGACUGACUUUGCUUUGGUAACAUAAGACCUCAGUAAAAAGCCAUUACAUUUUUCAAGUUGGAUUGAAAAUUUUUUUCUUCUAGUGAAAAUCAGUUUGUUUUUUCUUGCCCAUUUUUCAGGUUAUUCUAAAAGCUGGGAUGUUUGUAGCCAGUUAGCACAAUCAGAAGGUUACCAGGACUUGGCCACUCGGCAAGAGCUCAUGGCUUUUGCUCUGACACAUUGCCCUCCCAGCAGCAUUGAACUUCUUUUAGCUGCCAGCAGCUCUCUGAAGACAGAAAUUCUUUAUCAAAGAGUGAAUUUUCAAAUCCAUCCAGAAGGAGGGGAGAGUAUCAGUAUGUCACCAUUGAUGAGUAAAGCACUGCAAGAGGAUGAAGUAAGUGUCCCAGGCAGCAACUCAACCGACGUGCUCCACUGGACCACCGCUACCACCAUGAAAGUCCUCUCCAGCACCAGCACCACCACCAAGGUUGUGCUGCAGGCCGUCAGCGAUGAGCAGUGGUGGAAGAAGUCUUUGACUUACCUACGACCCCUUGAAUCUGAAGUGACCUAUGACACCUAUCAGCAUAUCCUGGUAGAAAGCUUUGCAGAAGUGUUACUGAGAACUGGGAAACUGGCAGAAACUAAAACCGAAGGAGAAGAAGUAUUUCCAACAACAGAAGAAGCUAUUGCUAAAUCAUGA